AUGACUUCCCAGGCAGAGAUGGUGGACCAAGAGGCCACGGACAUGAUAAUGGACGUCUGCAAAAGUCACAACUCAUACCCUAUGUGGACAGUCACGGACAAGGUCUCCAAGCUGGUCCCCAAUCCCCGUGCUGUACCCACCAUCUGGCGCUGGAAGGAAAUGCGCAAGAUCAUGAUGGAUUCCGCCGGCAUGGUCCCUGAGGAGAUGGCAGAGCGGAGGGCUCUCAUGAUGGUAAACCCUGGCUUUCUCCUGCCGCACGAGACGGCUCCCGCGCACAGACACAUGGCAUACGCAGUGCGACUGAUCCUCGAGAGCAACAAAGGCUUCACCUCGGUGGCCGGGCACAGGAUUUAUCUGAAUCCUGGUGACCUAGUACUUACACCAUCCUGGCAAUGGCAUUAUCAUGGUAAUGACGGCGACAUCCCGACAUUUUGGGUUGACUGCCUUGACAUUCCCCUACACUUAUACGCUCGUGUCAACUUCCUUGAGCUUUACCCAACACCUAAGGUGCCUGAUCUUCCCGUCACUGGCAGUCCAUUUCACUUUCCAUGGACAGAAGCACAGAAGGCACUUAACUCGCAGGACACAGCCCACGCCGUCUACCACUACCUCACCAAUGGCAACCACUUCUCGAAGACCAUUGCUGCCCAGGCAGAACGCAUCAAGAAGGGUCACGUCAUCUCCCUGCCACGGGAGACCGUGUCAUUCAUCUAUAUUGUACAGUCCGGUCGGGGAUCUACCAAAAUCAGGGCACCCACUGGGGAGAAGACAAUCAGCUGGGAGCCCAAAGACGUGUUCAUUGUGCCUGCUUGGUCAUGGGUGGAACAUCAUGCCGGAGACGACGAUGAUGCUUACUUGACUGCUCUGACCGACAGGGCUCUCCAUGAAAAUUUGGGCUUGUUGAGAACGAGCUACGCCGAGACUUAG